AUGAAAUUAUCCCUCUUCGCUGCAAUUACAGCUCUCUCGGCUGUAACCCAAGCAGCUGUUCUAGGAAAAGCUUCGACAGAAUCAGCUUCUGAACCGGGUAUCUUAUCUCCGCGAGACGACUCCAAUGAUCUCUACGAGAAAUAUGUCGGAAAAGGCCGUGGUUAUUGGGAGGAGCUGCAAACCGUCCUGCAAAACCCUGAUGCGGCUGAUGUUGCUACAAUCGACUUCGACUCAAGAUGGGAGGCUCGUUCGCUCAAUAUCAUCUCGGCGCCCGCGACUGCGCAGUUCGCUAUGCAAAAAGCCGGACUCAAUACCCAACAGAAAUUUCUGUCCAUCACAGCAAAUCUUAAAACAGACAGUCGAAUCUAUUACACGAACGCUAUGUCACCCUCAAUAGGCGCCAUUAUCGCAAAAAACAACUAUGGACACGUAGUCGGUGCCGCGGCGCCUGCCCCAGACCGAUGGUCCGCCGUGACAUGGUAUCUUUGGAAGCAGGCUUGUAGGCAAGCUAACAAUCAAGACCCAUCGGGGCUUGAUUACAUUUUCCGAGACCACAUCAUCAACGCUCAAACCAAAAAGGCCCUAGAUGCAGCAAUGAUCGCUGCAAAAGCCAAGAAAUACGACCAAGUCGGAACCUCGAUAGUCACCACGUGGACACCGGACGAUGAACAAUUUUAUGCUGCACUCGCAACACCUAAUGGCGUUGGAGUCCUGUAUCUUCUGAAAGAUUAUCCUGCUGGGCUGGGUUGGAAGACCAUUGAAAGUAUAUCGGUAUUCUGGCUUGAUGGCUUCCCAGAGCCAAAUAUGUUUUUCACGCUCAAACCUUUCUGUGGUUGA